AGAUUCCGCUUCAUGGAACGCUCCACGCUACGAUAUUUGAGAUCGACAGGCUCCACAGCGGAGGCGCUCCCAAAUUCUUCCGAAAGCUUGUGGAGAACAUUGAGGAGACUGUCGGUUUUGGCAAAGGAACCUCUAAACUCUAUGCAACUAUUGAUAUAGGAAGAGCUAGAGUUGGGAGGACUCGGAUGAUAGAAAAUGAACCCUCCAAUCCCAGGUGGUAUGAAUCAUUUCACAUUUACUGUGCCCAUAUGGCCGGGCAUAUUAUAUUCACUGUAAAAGAUGACAAUCCCAUUGGGGCGACUUUGAUUGGAAGAGCAUCUGUACCUAUUCAGGAGAUCUUAGGGGGAGAGGAAGUAGAUAAAUGGGUAGAAAUUGUUAAUGAAGAGCUGAAGCCUAUACAUGGAGGUUCUAAGAUCCAUGUGAAACUACAAUAUUUUGAAGUCACUGCAGAUCGUAGUUGGGGUCGGGGAAUUAGAAGUCUUAAAUUUCCUGGGGUUCCAUUCACAUUCUUUUCACAGAGAAAAGGAUGUCACGUCUCUUUGUACCAAGAUGCUCAUGUUCCAGAUAAUUUUGUCCCAAAAAUACCCCUCGCCGAUGGCAAGUACUAUGAGCCCCGCAGAUGUUGGGAAGAUGUCUUUGAUGCAAUCAAUAACGCAAAACACUUGAUCUACAUUACUGGCUGGUCUGUAUACACAGAAAUCACCUUGGUGCGGGACUCAAGGAGACCAAAACCAGGAGGAGACUUGACCAUUGGUGAGUUGCUUAAGAAGAAGGCAAGUGAAGGUGUUAGGGUUCUAAUGCUUGUUUGGGAUGAUCGAACGUCUGUUCCUUUACUGAAAAAGGAUGGCUUGAUGGGUACCCAUGACGAAGAAACUGAACAUUACUUUCACGACACUGAUGUACACUGUGUAUUGUGCCCCCGCAAUCCUGAUGAUGGUGGAAGUAUAGUUCAGGAUUUACAAAUUUCUACCAUGUUCACUCAUCACCAGAAGAUUGUUGUGGUGGACAGCGAGAUGCCCAGUGGAGGAUCAGAAAAGAGGAGGAUUGUAAGUUUUGUUGGGGGUAUCGAUCUCUGUGAUGGUAGAUAUGAUACCCAAUUCCAUUCACUUUUCAGGACACUAGACACAGCACACCAUGACGAUUUCCAUCAGCCAAACUUUGAAGGUGCUUCAAUCCAAAAAGGUGGACCAAGGGAGCCUUGGCAUGAUAUCCAUUCCAGACUUGAAGGACCUAUUGCCUGGGAUGUCCUCUUUAAUUUUGAGCAGAGAUGGAGAAAGCAAGGUGGGAAGGAUAUACUUCUUCAAUUGAGAGAUCUUGAUGAUGUUAUUAUUCCCCCAUCUCCUGUUAUGUUCCCUGAUGACCAGGAGGUAUGGAACGUCCAGUUAUUCAGAUCUAUUGAUGGUGGGGCUGCCUUUGGCUUCCCUGAGACACCUGAAGAGGCAGCAAGAGCUGGGCUUGUCAGUGGGAAGGACAAUAUCAUUGACCGGAGCAUUCAGGAUGCUUAUAUUAAUGCUAUUCGACGGGCAAAGGAUUUCAUUUAUAUUGAAAAUCAGUAUUUUCUGGGAAGCUCUUUUGGCUGGGCUCCUGAUGAGGGCAUUAAGAUUGAAGACGUUGGUGCUUUGCAUCUGAUUCCAAAGGAACUCUCACUGAAGAUUGCAAGUAAGAUUGAGGCAGGGGAGAAGUUCACUGUUUAUAUUGUAGUUCCAAUGUGGCCAGAGGGUAUGCCAGAGAGUGGAUCAGUCCAGGCAAUAUUAGAUUGGCAGAGGAGGACAAUGGAGAUGAUGUAUAAAGAUAUCAUUAAGGCUCUUGCUGAUAAGGGUAUUGAGGAUGACCCUAGAAAUUAUUUAACAUUUUUCUGCCUUGGAAAUCGGGAGGUCAAGAAGAGUGGAGAAUAUGAACCUUCAGAGCAUCCUGAGCCUGAUACAGACUACAGUAGAGCCCAGGAGGCCCGACGUUUCAUGAUUUAUGUUCAUGCCAAGAUGAUGAUUGUUGAUGACGAAUACAUCAUAAUCGGAUCCGCCAACAUCAACCAGAGAUCCAUGGAUGGUGCCAGAGACUCCGAGAUAGCCAUGGGAGGAUACCAACCAUAUCACUUGGCAAGCAGGCAGCCAGCACGAGGUCAGAUCCAUGGUUUCCGAAUGUCAUUGUGGUACGAGCACCUUGGCAUGCUCGAUGAGUCCUUCCUCCAGCCAGAAAGCAAGGAGUGCAUCCAAAAGGUGAACCAGAUCGCUGAAAAAUACUGGGAUCUGUACGCAAGCGAGACACUUGAGCAUGACCUCCCUGGUCAUCUCCUCCGCUACCCUAUAGCGGUCUCCUGUGGGGGAGACAUAACAGAGCUUCCAGGAGCUGAGUUUUUCCCCGACACCAAGGCCCGCGUUCUUGGCACCAAGUCCGAAUAUUUGCCUCCAAUCCUCACAACUUAGUGGAAUCGUCUACCUGGUUCUACUUGGACAGUAAUAACAGCUUAUAACUAGUUCUCUGGGGUUUAUACUACUAGUUUUGAUGGUAGUAGAGUAAUAAAACAUGUUUUGUGUCAGUAUCUGGCAGAGAUAUUAUAUUUCUUCUGCAAGGAAUGUUUAUAUCAGGUGGUUCUAGAGA